GGAGGAGGAGGCGUCUCCAUGGCGCAGCUGUAUAAAAACACCCCCGGCGGUAAUCUCCCUGCUCCGUCCGUCUCCCUUCGCCUCCUCCUCGCCUGUAGUAGCUUAGCUAUCGCCCUGCCGUGAAGCCGCGAUGGACCGCUGGAAGGGCAGAGUGGCUCUGGUGACCGGAGCUUCGGUCGGGAUCGGAGCGACUAUCGCCAAAGAGCUGGUUCGGUCCGGCAUGAAGGUGGUGGGCUGCGCAAGAAACGUGGACAAAAUAAAGGCGUUGGCUGCAGAGUGUAAGAGCGCGGGCUUCAGUGGCGUCUUGAUCCCAUUCAAGUGCGACCUGACCAAUGUGGAGGAAAUCCAGUCCAUGUUUGCAGCCAUCAAAGCGGAGCACAAAGGCGUGGACGUGUGCAUCAACAACGCUGGGCUGGCUAAUCCCGAGCCUCUGCUGAGCGGCAAAACCAGCGGCUGGAAAACCAUGCUUGACGUGAACGUAAUGGCUCUGAGCAUCUGCACUCGUGAAGCGUACCAGUCGAUGAAGGAAAGAAACAUUGAUGAUGGACACAUCAUCAAUUUAAACAGCAUCUGUGGGCACAUUGUAAUUAACAUGGCCGAUGCUCAUUUCUACACGGCCACCAAAUAUGCCGUAUCGGCCCUGACUGAAGGCCUGAGGCAGGAGCUCAGGGAGGCCAAGACUCACAUCAGAGCUACAUGCAUUUCUCCUGGUAUAGUUGAGACUGAAUUUGCUUAUCGGUUCUACAGCGAUAGCCCUGACAAAGCUAAGGAAACAUACUCUCACAUCAAGGCCUUGGAAGCAAUAGAUGUUGCUAAUGCUGUUGUAUAUGUCCUAAGUGCCCCUCCUCAUGUUCAGGUUGGAGAUAUUGUGUUGCGACCUGUGGAGCAACAGGCAUGAUGUGACAACAUGUGAUGGCUACAUUUAUAUUCAGACUCAUUUUUCUUAUGAUUUCUUCACUGCAUCUAUGAACUUAAUGACUGCAAUCUCUAAUCAAAAGAAUAAAAGUCUGAUUUUAAGGUGA